AUGGAUUUGGAAAACAAAAUGGAAUGGAAUAAAAAUUUUCAAUCAAAUAGCAUAUUUGUUUAUAAUUUUCCGAAUGAAUGGAUGGAAAAUGAUUUAAAAAAAAAUUUUAUGAUUUUUGGCACUAUUAAUAAUAUUAUAAUAGAUAAAGAUAUAAACGUUUACGCUUUUAUUCAAUUUAAUGAACCUGAAUCUCCUCAAAAGGCCAUUGAGGUUAUGAAUGGUAAAGAAAUAAAUGGAAAAAUUUUGAAAGUAACUUCAAGAAAAGUAGUAGACGAAUGCUUAGAUAUAAACACAGCAAAAAUAGAUUCACAACAAAAAUCACAAUCAAGUAAUGAUAAUAAAAAAACAACAUUAUUUGUUUUUUAUCUUCCUCCUCAUUGGAAUGAUCAAGAUUUAUAUGAUAAAUUUAAAACAUUUGGUAAUUUAGAAAGUGCCACUGUUGCAAAAAAAAAUGAUAAAACGAGUAAGGGAUACGGUUUUGUUGUAUAUACUGAUCCACAUAGUGCAGCAUUAGCAAUAUCUAAUAUGAAUAAAGUGGAAGUAUAUACCGGUAAAAGGCUUAAGGUUUUAUUAAAAUCUAAUUCCAAUGAAACUAAUAAGAAAAAAAUAAAACCGGGAUGUACAAUUUUUGUUUUUUAUUUACCAAAUGACUGGAGCGACAAGGACUUGAAAAGACAUUUUUCUCAUUAUGGAAAUAUAAUUGGGGCUACAAUAAAAAGGGAGACAAACGGAAAAAGCAGAGGAUAUGGAUUUAUAAAUUUCGAGAAUCAGCAAAGUGCAAUUAAUGCUGUUGCAGGUAUGAAUGGCUUUAAUGCAGGAAAUAAAUACUUAAAAGUUUCUAUAAAAAAGGGAGAAGAACAGUAUUUAGCACCUCAGUAUUUAAAUAUAGAUCGAAUUCCUAAUAAUUCUUACACUUCUCCACCACCACCACCUCCUCCUAUAUCAUGCCAUGGAAAUGAUUCAUCAAAUUUUGGGAAUAAUGAAAUGUAUCCCAUUCAAAAUACUAUACCAAAUAAUAGAUUUAAUUCGCGUGUUUCAACUAACGAUAUUCAUCAAUCUUUUAUUAAUACGCAAUAUGGCCACUUUCCUUAUAACUUUUUUAAAAAUAAUGAACAAGGGCCUUAUAUUCAGAGAACUUAUAACAAAACAUAUAACAUGGGGAAAACAUAG